AUUCUAUUGACAGGAACACAGUUCAUGACGGUAGGGGGAUUGUCUUGGUCUGUUCUCAUUUAUUCUCAGUGCGUGUCCCCUGAUAGGUGCUGAAUAAAUGGUUGAAUUGGAUGCCUUGGGGUGAGGGGUGAGAAAAGGUUCUCCUCUUUACACCGGAGGUGGUAAAAGUCAGUGUGAUGUUGAGACUCGUCUGGGGGUGGCCCUGUGGUCGUAAGCUUGGUGGCUUGCCCCUGUAGUAGAACUGGGCUAUCUCAUGGGAGGGGCAGAGUGUGGUCUAGAUGUCCAGCUGUCUUCUGAACACGAGUGCCAAACUCAUUUGCAGGUGGAGGGCGUGCCCUUUUAAAGGCUAACCCAGUAAUUAAAUUCAAGCAGAAGGUUGCUGAAGGUGGAGCCAACUCAUUUAUUAGCAUAUAAUAUGAUCAACCUAACUCAUAUAAACGUAGCUUAUUGUGGUUUGUCCUUUCCUAGCUGCAGAAGAGCCUUGGAGAGAUGCCCUUGAUUAUGAGUUAGUCAAUGAGCUGCUGCUGCUUGAAGAUCUGAAGAUACCAGGAUAUGUCAUAUCUGCAGGUUUUGUGCUUUAAUUAGCGAAAGAGUUUCAGCUUCACGUAUGUGACGUUAAUAUUUAUUCUUGGCUUAGGCUCUGAAUGUUCCGCCCCAGACCCACCAUUCUGCUGGACUCCAUCACGAUGCACUGUUGGUGCAAAGCCUUUGUUUUUUCAGGGGCCUGUUUCCACCAGAAGAAUUGCACUGUGGAUCUGGAGCCAGAAGGGAAAGUAUUUGUGGUAAUAACCCUAACAGGGAGCUUCACUGAAGCAACUCUCCAGAGAGACCGAAUCUUCAAACAUUUUACCAGGAAGCGCCAAAGGGCUAUGCGAAGGCGUGUCCACCAAAUCAAUGGACACAAGUUUAUGGCCACAUACCUGAGGCAGCCCACCUACUGCUCUCACUGCAGGGAGUUCAUCUGGGGAGUAUUUGGGAAACAGGGUUAUCAAUGUCAAGUGUGCACCUGUGUCGUCCAUAAGCGCUGCCAUCACCUAAUUGUUACGGCCUGCACUUGCCAAAAUAAUAUUAACAAAGUGGAUUCAAAGAUUGCUGAACAGAGGUUCGGAAUCAACAUCCCGCACAAAUUCAGCGUCCACAACUACAAAGUGCCAACGUUCUGCGAUCACUGUGGCUCCCUGCUCUGGGGGAUAAUGCGACAAGGACUUCAGUGUAAAAUAUGUAAGAUGAAUGUCCACAUUCGAUGCCAGGCAAACGUGGCCCCUAACUGUGGGGUGAACGCGGUGGAGCUCGCCAAGACCCUGGCCGGGAUGGGCCUCCAGCCUGGAAAUAUUUCUCCAACCUCGAAGCUCGUUUCCAGGUCGACUCUAAGACGACAGGGAAGGGAAAGCACCAAAGAAGGAAAUGGGAUCGGGGUUAACUCUUCCAGCCGACUUGGUAUCGACAACUUUGAGUUCAUCCGAGUGUUGGGGAAGGGGAGUUUCGGGAAGGUGAUGCUGGCAAGAAUAAAAGAAACCGGAGACCUCUACGCCGUGAAGGUGUUGAAGAAGGAUGUGAUCCUGCAGGAUGACGACGUGGAAUGCACAAUGACAGAAAAAAGGAUCCUGUCCUUGGCUCGCAAUCACCCCUUCCUCACUCAGUUGUUCUGCUGCUUUCAAACGCCUGAUCGCCUGUUCUUCGUGAUGGAGUUUGUGAAUGGGGGCGACUUGAUGUUUCACAUUCAAAAGUCUCGUCGUUUUGAUGAAGCACGAGCUCGUUUCUAUGCUGCAGAAAUCAUUUCGGCGCUCAUGUUCCUACACGAGAAAGGGAUCAUCUACAGAGAUCUCAAACUGGACAACGUCCUGUUGGACCACGAGGGUCACUGUAAACUGGCGGACUUUGGGAUGUGCAAGGAGGGGAUUUGUAACGGAGUCACCACAGCAACCUUCUGUGGCACACCCGAUUAUAUUGCUCCAGAGAUCCUCCAGGAAAUGCUCUACGGACCUGCAGUAGAUUGGUGGGCAAUGGGCGUGUUGCUCUACGAGAUGCUGUGUGGUCACGCCCCCUUUGAGGCAGAGAACGAAGAUGACCUCUUUGAAGCCAUACUGAACGAUGAAGUGGUUUACCCAACAUGGCUCCAUGAAGAUGCCACAGGGAUCCUAAAAUCUUUCAUGACCAAGAACCCCACCAUGCGCCUAGGCAGCCUGACUCAGGGUGGUGAGCAUGCCAUCCUGAGGCAUCCUUUCUUUAAGGAAAUCGACUGGGCCCAGCUGAACCAUCGCCAAGUAGAACCACCUUUUAGACCCAGAAUCAAAUCCCGAGAAGAUGUCAGUAAUUUUGACCCUGACUUCAUUAAGGAAGAGCCAGUUUUAACCCCAAUUGAUGAGGGGCAUCUUCCUAUGAUUAACCAGGAUGAAUUUAGAAACUUUUCCUUUGUGUCUCCAGAAUUACAACCUUAGCCUUACAGAGAAUGAAUCACAAGGGGAUACAGAUUUUCCAGGAAUUUCCUUUGUGGGGCAUUGCCUAGUAUCAGCCUUAGAACAAGAACCUUACCUUCAGAGAAUGGGUGGAAAACUCUGAAGGACAGAACUUCAGCUCUUUCACGUCCUGAGGGAGCCGUGGUACUGGAAAUAGUUGAUACUGGAAUGAGAUUUCAUGAAGAAAUCUGCUCCACCUAGGAGGUUCCAUGGCUACUUUGGGCUUGGGAUAUCAAAAGGAAUCAACUGAAGAGAAGGUGUGAAGAAUCACCUAGAUCCGAGAAAGUGAGCCACAGCAGCUUUUUACUUCCAAAGACAAAUCAAGGUUUCAUAUGGACCACUCUGUGCUCUCCGUUAAGCCAGGGAGUCCCGAAUACUAGCAGUGUGCCAGAAGUCUGCAAAUGCUAAUCAAGAAUUUGAAGAUAAGGAAAUGGACUAUCCAAAGAGAAUGAUAUACUCUGAGGAAACAAAAGAGCAUCCGUCAAACAACUUCAAGCCCUAUCUUGAAAACAGAUGUUGGGCACCAAGACAACUGUUCCAGCUUCUGGUCUUAUACUUACUUUAAUGGAUAUUUAUUGAGUGCCCAGUGAGACGGUGCCAUGACACCUACUAAUGCAAACAGACUUGUAUUCCCUGAACUUUCCUUUUCCAGUCCACUUCUUUACCUGAAUGGUUUGCAUUCUGUGAAAUGCCGCCUCCACAUUGCAUAUAUCAUGCUUCUUUGUCCGCACGUGACUUUUUCCACGUAAGAGGGCUCGCGGCCACCACGGCAACUACUCCUCCCACCAGCAAGUGAGCUGGACACGUUUGCUGCCUGCUGACUUGUGAAAUCUCAUUUUGGGACCACGUGUGGAUACGGCUCUGAACUCGGUGAAGAAUCGCACGCCACUCAGGACUCCUACAUUAGCAGGUUAUUUAAGUUAUAUUUUAAGAGACGAAUGUUUGGUAUGCAUUUUAAUAAUUAGAAAUGGCUCUUAUAAAAGGACAUUUAUCAAAAGAAGGACUUUAUGUACUCAUUAUAUGCAGUUGGAGAAUUUUGUCUGUCUGGAAAUAAACGCAUUUUGUAGCAAAAGGAAA